UAGAAAUUAGCGUGACGGUCACAGACGGAGCUUCCAGCACCCUUAAAUGUUCAUAUUUCCUCUUUUUCAAUCAAGUUGUUCAUACGUUUUUUCUCCGAUUCUCCCUCUCGGAGAAAUCGAAACAUCUACGGAUGAUUCGAUUCGCGCCAAUUUCUGCAGAGUAAACACAAACGCAGAUUAUAAAUUCCGGUGAUGGAGAAACUGAAAGACUGUUGCUGGUCCAUAAUGGCAUUCGUUGCCAUUAGCGUUUCAAUCUUGACGAUUUGUCUUCUUUACGUACUAUCUUUAAAUGGAAUCCUCACAGCCAGUCUUUACGCUCGUUGUUUUAGGUUCAGAAGGCGGACACACGGCGGAGAUGAUGAAUCUCUUAUCGUUACUGCAAAUGGACAGGUUUGCACCGCGGUUCUACAUUGCUCCUGCCACUGAUGAUAUGAGUCUGCAGAAGGCAUGCGUUUUCGAGGAUUCUUUGGUUCAUAAGAAUGGAGUCAAGGGACCUUUGCCACAGUUCAUGCAGAUCUGCAGAAGCAGGGAAGUUGGUCAAUCAUGUACAACAUAUGUUUGGACAACUUUGCUUGCGAUUGUUUGUGCACUGUGGCUAAUGAUUAGAAUCAGACCACAAGUGGUCAUUGGAAUUAGAUGGUCAUCGGUUUUCUAUGUUGAGAGUAUAGCACGAGUGAGGAGGCUUUCUUUCAGUGGUUUGCUUCUGUACAAGUUGCACAUAGCUGAUCAGUUCUUUGUGCAAUGGCCACAAUUACAGAAAAAGUAUUUUUUGAGCUCAUUAUGUUGGCUGUCUCAUGUAGUUGAUUGAAUUCCUUCUGACAUGGUGCUGUAACAUUUCUUCAAGAUUUUGCUGUGCAACUUAGAUUUUCAAAGUUAUUACACUUGGUCUAUAACUUAUUCUCAAAGUCAAGUUGUACACAAUUUAAUUUAUUACUAGUGAGAGCCACAAGCCUCUUUUCUCUCUCACAGAAGAAGACAGUGAUUUAGAAGAA